AUGAGUAUGUCUAAUUCUACCUCUGAAUCCUUGUUUCCUUCAAGUUAUCCCGAGUACGUGUACAAUUUCGCAUAUGGGGCCAAUAUGUAUCCUAAUGUUUUAUCUGGUCGACGUAAAAUUCAUCCAAUAGAAUCUAUUCCAGGAAUACUGAAAGGAUGGCAAUUGACCUUUGAUUUAGGUGGUAUUCCAGCGGUUGAGCCAUGCUUUGGAAAUAUUAAAGAAAACCCGCAUUCCGAAAUUCAUGGAGUACUACAUAAAAUGACGGAAAAAGACUUCAAACAUUUAAUGGCAACUGAAAGAGGUAGUGGAGUAGAUGCCAAUGGAUAUAUUCCACAUAAAGUAAAUGUAUAUGCUUACGAUGGUCGUAUAAUUGAAGCUUAUGCAUUAGUAGUUCGUCAAAUCAGUCCAGGUAUUGUAAAUCACCAUACAUUGCCAAGCGUUCGUUAUAUUGGACUCCUACGUAAUGGCGCGAAACAUUAUAAAAUUCAUCCAUUGUACAUCGAAUAUUUACAAUCUCUCCCUUCACAUGAACGUAGCAAACUUGCAACGGCAUUAGUUAUCAUUGAAGCACUAUUAUUAAUUACUUUGUUUGCUCCCAUUUGGGUCCCUGUUGUAUCUUAUUAUAUGUGUACAAAACAAAAGCCACGUGCUCGAGCGUAUUUUUUUACAUUGAUGGGGACAAAUUUAUGGCGUAUCUAUCGGUUUUUUGGAGCCUACAGGGUUAUUCGACCUUAUUAUUCUGCACCGUUUCCUCUAGGAAGCACAGAUUUCGAAGCAAACACAAAGGCUUUCCGAGCUGAGGUACAAGCUAAUGAACAAACUUUAGAUGAUACUAUACCAGACGAUAUUUCAUCGGAGCUAGAUUAG